AUGCUGCUUGGUUCCACGGCAAACUGGUGUACGCUGCCCGAACCAAUCCUGAUGGAAAACACGCCACUUGAACAGGUACGUGUCCACCGUUUUCUCGGAAUAACUUUGGAUUCCAGUUCCUCCUGGCCUCCACUCGUCAAGGACCUCCAGACCAGAUGCAAGACAACCCUGAACGUGACCAAGCGACUCAGCGGACGGCACUCCGGCUGCCCCCAGAUGACCCUCCUGACCAUCCACAACGCCACCACAGCCGCACGGAUGCUCUUCGGACUCUCCUACGCCAAGCCCAGCAGAUCAGCGCUGGAAUCCCUGGAACUGCUCCACCGUCGCGGACUGAAGCUGGCUCUCGGACUCCCACCUGGGGCGCGGAACGUCGCCGUCUACGCCGAGGCUGCCGCUCUCCCUCUUCAACUACGAGCCACCCAACACCUGCUGAACCAGCUCACCAGACUGAACAGGACAACAACCGGAAGGGCGCUACUGCAGCGUCUAAGGGACCGACAACGGAGCCGUUUUUCAUGUACACUUUUCACGCAGGACCAGCUGUUCCGGCCCAUCCCAUCAGUCCCCAGUCCAGACGCUCCAUGGAUGCUCCUCGGGACCGCCAUCCAGACAACACUGCCAGGCCUGCCACGGAAAAAGGACGUUCCGGAUGCGGUGGCACAGUUCCUGGCCGCCGAGCGCCUUCAAGAGAGCUACCAGGACUACCUGCACGUGUACACGGACGCCUCAGUCGACCCUGGACGACGCGCCUGCGCCCUGGCCUGCCACAUCCCAGCAACACAGUUCUCCUGGGCCGAAGGAUUGUCCGGACUCCUUUACUCCACGGAUGCAGAACUCCUGGCGAUCACGGAAGCCCUGGACAUCAUCGCCAAGACGAGCGCCACCAAAGCGGUUAUCCUCACGGACUCCCGCGGGGCUCUGUCGAGGCUAAACAACCGUUACGAACACUGCCCUCUCUCUUUCAGAGCACACCAGAAGCUGCAACUCCUCCUGGCAUCCGGUCAUCGCAUCGCGCUGCAGUGGAUCCCAUCCCACAAAGGCAUCCCCGGCAACGAGAUGGCGGACUCCCUGAGCAAGCAGGCAACCACCAAGACCCUGGUCCGCCAGGCACCAUCUACCACCAGCCAGGCCAAGAAGAGCAUCGCCCUCCACGUGCGCAGCUUCCACCCGGACAAGCACACGGCGGAUGGGACAGCACCCCCACCCUGCAUCACGGCCUGCCUAACCAGGGACGAGGCAUCGCUGCUGCUCAGGCUCCGUGCGUCGUGCGCCUUCACCCGGGCGUACGGCUUCACGAUCGGCCAGGUCGACGACCCACGCUACGGAACCUGCGGUGUCCAGGAGAGUGUUGCACACCUAAUCACUCGCUGCAGAGAUACUGCUUCUCAGAGAGAUCUUCUUUUCCAGAACCUGUCCAGCGCCGGCAUCUCCGACCACAGCCUGGUUAACCUGGUCUACCCCAUGGGCCCACGACACCAUCGCCGACGCAUCCAGAGGGAGCUGCUGCAGUUCCUGAGCUCUACCGGCCUGGACACCCGCCUGUAG